AGUGUGUUGGUGUGUAGGUACAGUCCAUGACGUGUCAUGGCAGCGAUUGUGAUUGUGGAGCCUACAAUUGUGUAGUAGUCAUUACGUCGUUUUAGUGAAACUAUAAUUUUUUUAACCUGACAAAUAUAUUUAUUAUCACAAGACCUAAAAAACAAACUGCUUUCGUUUUUAUGUAGUUAUUGGAAGACUGCGAACAAGUAUCAGCAUACAUCAAUUAAUUGUUACAUACUCAAUACAUACUUACUAUUAUUAUCAUUUGAUGUAACAUCAAGAUUAUAUAUGCACCAUGUCUUUUCGGCUGUUAUACAUUUUCUCUAUAAUAAAUACUGUAUGGACGUUUUAUUUGCCGGGCUUAGCGCCGGUUAAUUAUUGCAAAGUUGGUGAAGGAACUGAAACAUGCAAAUCUGAUAUCAAAUUAUACGUUAAUCGAUUAAAUACUGAAGAGUCAGUCAUACCUUAUGAAUAUCAAUACUUUGACUUUUGUGUGAGUGAUGACAAACAAUCACCAGUUGAAAACUUGGGACAAGUUGUUUUUGGUGAAAGAAUAAGGCCGUCACAUUAUGAACUGACGUUUAUGAAAAACGUUACGUGUCAGAAUGUUUGUACAAAGACAUACACUGGCGGUGAUAGAGAAUCGGAAGAUAAAUUAGAUAAAUUACGUGAAGGAAUACGACUAAAUUACCAGCAUCAUUGGAUCGUUGAUAAUAUGCCAGUAACGUGGUGUUACCCAUUACCAAAUGACCCAGAAAAAAAAUAUUGCAGUACUGGUUUUCCAAUGGGAUGUUUUCUGCGGGACUCGAGAUCUUCCCAAGAAGGUUGCAAUCCAAACUCAAUGUACGACAAGCCGAACACACUUUACCUUUUCAAUCAUGUGGACUUGGAAAUAACGUACCACAGCGGAGAGAAAGAAGAGUGGGGCUCAGGAUUCAAAGACAAUGGAGGCCGAAUUAUUUCUGUCAAAGUAACGCCGCGUAGUAUCAAACAUCCUGAGAAUGGAGUUGACUGCAUGUCCAAGUACCCGCUGGAUAUUCCGGCUGAUAAACUAUCUAAGGACCAGAAGCUAUCAGUCACUUACACUUAUUCUGUUAAAUACGUCAAGGAUAAUACGAUCAAGUGGUCGUCGAGGUGGGAUUACAUUCUUGAGUCGAUGCCGCACACGAAUAUCCAGUGGUUCAGUAUUCUUAACUCAUUGGUCAUUGUGUUGUUCUUAUCUGGAAUGGUCGCCAUGAUCAUGCUGCGAACUUUGCACAAAGAUAUCGCGCGCUACAAUCAGGCUUAUUUUCAGAUCGAGUCUGGUGAAGAUGCACAGGAAGAAUUCGGCUGGAAGUUAGUCCACGGUGACGUCUUUCGACCACCGAGAAAGGGAAUGUUACUCGCUGUUUUUCUUGGCUCUGGUGUUCAAGUUUUUUUUAUGACACUAGUUACACUAGCAUUCGCAUGUUUGGGUUUUCUUUCACCGGCAAAUCGAGGCGCGUUAAUGACAUGUGCUAUGGUACUGUAUGUCUGUCUUGGUACACCAGCUGGUUAUGUCUCAGCAAGAAUUUACAAAAGUUUUGGCGGGGAAAAAUGGAAGACAAAUGUUUUAUUGACAGCAAUGUUGAGUCCUGGAAUCAUCUUCAGUUUAUUUUUCAUAAUGAACUUAAUUUUCUGGGCGAAAGGAAGUUCAGCAGCAGUACCCUUUAGUACACUUGUCGCUCUACUCGCGUUGUGGUUCGGAGUGUCAGUACCUCUGACAUUCGUCGGUGCAUAUUUUGGAUUUAGAAAACGAUCAUUGGAACAUCCUGUGAGGACAAACCAAAUACCCCGUCAAAUACCUGAGCAGAGUUUCUACACCCAAGCGAUACCUGGAGUUAUCAUGGGCGGUGUUUUGCCAUUUGGAUGUAUAUUUAUACAAUUAUUCUUCAUCCUCAAUUCCAUAUGGUCGAGCCAAAUGUACUAUAUGUUUGGAUUUCUAUUUCUGGUCUUCUUGAUACUUAUAAUUACAUGCUCAGAGACUACGAUACUUCUGUGUUAUUUCCAUUUAUGCGCGGAGGAUUAUCAUUGGUGGUGGAGAAGCUUUUUGACAUCAGGAUUCACGGCAGUUUAUCUAUUGAUUUAUUGUAUUCAUUUCUUUGUAAAAAAAUUAAAUAUCGAAGAUGGGACUUCAACAUUUUUGUACUUUGGAUACACUCUUAUCAUGGUAUUUUUGUUCUUCCUUUUGACUGGCUCAAUUGGAUUCCUUGCGUGUUUCUGGUUUGUAAGAAAAAUCUACAGUGUUGUGAAAGUCGAUUAAAAGUAUUUUAAAAUAAUCCCGCGGUGAGUUAUAAUUUAAAUUCCGUGAAAAAUAAAUAAUAAUAAAAAUCGUUUGUCCGGUUGACAGCAGUUUCAAACUUUCAAUAAUUAUAAAAUUAGUACCUUCUUAUUAUUAAAUCAGUAUUUAAAUUAUUUUGUUACAACGUCACUUUGAUAAUAUAUAAAUAUAUAUUUUUUACAAUUAAAUUUUUUAUACGCAUUUGAAACUGGUGUCAACUCGGCAACGUAACAAAAAAAAUCAUGAGUGUAAGGAAAAGUGUGAACGCGUUAAUGGAGUGCGACUUAAUAAUUAAUUAAUUAUAGAAAGCUUUACCUUAUUACCAGUUACAAAAUUUAAUUUUGUUUUUUUCGUUACUUUUAUUAUUAAAAAAAAAAAAAGGUAAUUAACUGAGAUCGUUAAAAAAAAUUACAUGUACAAAUUGGAGUCUAAGUAACAGUUAAAAUUUCUAUCAUUAUUAUUAUUAUUUGUUUAUCAUAUUAAUGAAUAAAAAUGAAUUAUAAAAUCUAAGCAC